CUUUACAUUUUUCCUGCAAUUUUGUUUAAUUAUCACACACGCAAUUUACGCACAUUAUAGAAAAAAACUCUAUUCACCCCCUCUCUAGAGUUGCACUUUUGUCUAACAAUUGGUAUCGGAGCAGGAAGUUCUUCGAAUACUUCUUAAUUUUCGGGAACUCAAAGAUCAAUGGCAUCGAGAAUGUUCAACGCAAGAGUUAGCGAGGGACAAUCAACCACAAGGCCACCGUUGUUCGACGGAACCAACUACUCCUAUUGGAAGGAGAGGAUGAGGAUUUUCAUCCAAUCCAAUGACUACAAACUGUGGUUGAUAGUCAAGAACGGGUGUGGAGUCCCGAUGAAGAAAGUCGGUGAAGUCAACGUCCCCAAAACCGAAGAAGAGUUCACCGACGAAGAUUGCAAAAAGAUGGAGCUCAACGCAAAGGCAAUAAACAUAAUUUAUUGCGGUGUUAAUGCGGAUGACUACCGCAAAAUCUCGCGGUGUGAAACCGCAAAACAAAUGUGGGAAAAAUUGGAGGUCACCUACGAAGGAACCGUGCAGGUUUGGGAGGCCAAAAUCGACCAUCUCACUCACGAGUAUGAACUCUUCUCAAUGAAGGAAAAUGAGAAGAUUGAAGAAAUGUUUGAGAGAUUCUCUAACAUUAUCAAUCCUCUCAAUCUUCUCAGGAAGACAUACACCGACCGAGAACUUGUGAGAAAGGUGCUACAAAGCUUAUCCCCAAAAUGGUGUUCAAAGGUGGACGCAAUCGAAGAAGGUCGUGACUUCCAAACAACGACCUAUGAUGCUCUUCGAGGUAAUCUUAUUACCUACGAAACCACUCAACUCUCAAAGGUGGUUGAAGAGAGGAGCAAGAGGUCUAUUGCUCUACCCGCAACAACAUCAACCCACAACAACGUUGAUGAUGAAGAUGAUGACAGCGACGACACCGACCUCGGACUCUUUGUCCGAAAAUUCAAGAAGAUGAUGCUCAAGAAGGGAGCCAAGAAGAACACUCCACCCAAGUAUGGGUGUGGUAAAAUUGGACACAUCAAACCAAUGUGUCUGAAGCUCAAGAACGAGAAAGACAAGAGGGCACCGAAGAAGCAACGUGCCUACAUUUCUUGGGAGAACGACAGCUCCGGGAGCGAAGACUCGGAAACGGAAGUAGUGGCCAAUCUAUGUCUCAUGGCCAUUGAAGAUGGAGAAACAUCAAAAGAGGUGUACUUGAAGGCUUCGAGUACCUCUUGGUAUCUCGAUAGCGGAUGCUCCAAGCACAUGACCGGAGACGCAUCCAAAUUUAGGAGUUUAGAGUAUUUCAAAGGUGGCAAUGUCGUUUUUGGCAACAACAACAAAGGAAGGAUCAUUGGAAGUGGCACCGUCGGAAGAGACAAUGCUACAACCGUUGAGAACGUUCUUCUUGUUGAGGGCCUCAAGCACAAUCUUCUUAGCAUUAGCCAAUUGUGCGAUAGAGGCUCUUUUGAUGAUGAAGAAGAAAUCGUUAAGGAAAAGGAACCGGAAGAAGAGAAAACGCAGGAGCAAACGGAGCUUCCUAAGGAGUGGAGAACGUUGAAGAAUCACCCGAUUGACAACGUCAUUGGUGACAUAGCGCAGGAAGUUUCUACUCGUGAGACAAUAUGAGUGUUAUUUCCAUCAUCUCCGAUGGAGCCAAAAUUUCACCUGUUUUUGGCUUUGGGGUGUGAUGGAAUAAAUCAAAAUGGAUAUCUAAACUAUUUGCGCUUCUUUAAUUAAUGAAGUAGCAGUUAGUCAAGCAAUGCAACUUUCGACGUUGAGCCGGGGGUCUCUUUGGAAACAGCCUCUCUACUUUCGAGUAGGGGCAAGGUCUGCGUA